UAAACUGCAAAAGAUAAACUUUUUAAUUUGUGUGCGUGAUUCAGUAAGUUUCAGUGCGGGAUUUAGCACGUCUCUUCUACAAAUUAUUCUUGCAAGAAACAACAUGCCGGAGUACUGCGUAACCGGAGGCACUGGAUUCAUUGCAGCUUAUCUGAUUAAAUCCCUCCUCCAAAAUGGCCAUACUGUAAGAACUACCGUACGAGAUCCAGAAAAUGUAGAAAAAAUAGGUUAUCUUUGGGAGCUAAAUGGAGCGAAGAAAAGGCUAAGGAUAAUGAGAGCUGAUUUGUUGGAGGAAGGAAGCUUCGACGAGGCGGUGGACGGAGUCGAUGGGGUCUUCCACACUGCUUCUCCGGUGCUCGUGCCCUACGAUAAUAACGUCAUGGCAAAUUUGAUCGACCCUUGUGUAAAAGGAGCACUAAACGUGCUAAGAUCCUGCAAGAAAGCGAGCGCUAGUGUGAAAAGGGUUGUCUUAACCUCUUCUUGUUCCUCGAUCAGAUACAGAUACGACGCCGAACAAGUUUCGCCUCUCAACGAAACGCAUUGGAGCGAUCCCGAAUAUUGUAAAAGCAACAAUUUGUGGUAUGCUUACGCGAAAACCGUUGCGGAACGAGAGGCGUGGAGAUUAGCCGAGGAAAUCGGAAUCGAUCUAGUUGUGGUGAAUCCAUCGUUUGUAGUUGGCCCUCUACUUGCACCUCAACCAACUAGUACACUUCUACUUAUAUUAGCUCUUGUCAAAGGGGUAAGAGGGGAAUGCCCAAAUAUGAGGGUAGGUUUUGUGCACAUAGAUGAUGUUGUGAAUGCACAUAUUUUGGCAAUGGAACAAAGUAAAGCAUCUGGCAGACUUUUGUGUUCAAGCUCAGUUGCACACUGGACAGAUAUUAUUCGAAUGUUGAGGGCGAAAUACCCGUCUUACCCUUACGAAAACAAGUGCAGUAGUGAAAAAGGAAAUGAAAAUCAACAUAGCAUGGAUAGCAGCAAGAUUCUUGAGCUUGGGCUGCCUCCUUUGAAAACAUUGGAACAAAUGUUUGAUGACUGCAUUGCGAGUUUUCGAGAAAAGGGAUUUCUUUAAGAUUUAAUUAUAUGCGUACAAAAAUAAAAUAUCUAAAACUCGUGACGCUAAUAUUAUAAGUCUCGAAAUUCGUUGUCUUACUUGAUUCGAAAUAUGUAACUAAUUACGUACCAAAAUAAUAAUCCCUAUUAUAAUAUUCAUCGAAUUCCAUCGUAUGAUAAAAUUCGGUGCACUUGAUCCAAA